GCAGAAGACACAAAAGAUGCAACAAAGGGCUACUUUGAUGAAGCUCAGAAGAAAGCGGCUGAGGCAAAAGAUGAAACGGCUACGAAAGUUUCAAGUUGGCAGUCUGAAGCUGAGAAGAAAGCUGAAGCUGCUAAGGAUACGGCUUCGAAAGUGGCUGAUGAUGCACAGAAGAAGGCAGCAGAAUGGAAGGAGUAUGGACAAGCGGUAGCAGAAGACGCUAAGGAAGCUGCAAAAGACACCUUGGACGAAGCUCAGAGGAAGGCAGCUGAAGCAAAAGACGAAACGGCUCAAAAAAUUUCGGGCUGGACCACUGAAGCUGAAAAGAAAGCUGAAGGAGCCAAAGACACUGCUUCGGACUGGUUGAGCAGCGCUCAGCAAAAAGCAGCUGAAAUGAAGGACCAGACUGCUGCAAAAAUGUCGGAGUGGAAGACUGAUGCUGAGAAAAAAGCUGAGGCGGCGAAAGACACUGCUGGCGAUUACUGGGGUAGCACUCAGAACAAAACAGCUGAGAUGAAGGAUUCAACUGUGCAAAAACUUUCGGACUGGACGUCCGAAGCCGAGAAAAGAGCCGAAGCUGCGAAAGACACCACUGGUAAUGUGUUGGCCAGUGCGAAGGAUACAGCAGUUGAGGCGAAAGAUAAGACUGGUGAAAAGUUGUCGGAAUUUAAAUCUGAAGCUGAAAAGAAGGCCGAAGCAGCUAAAGAUACC